ACAACUUCAACAAACGACGACAACGGCACCAAAAACCGCUCAGCACGCAUCUACUGCCCAAUCGUGCUAUUGCCUCCAACAUCUCCUGGGCCAUCGGGUUCUGUAUAUUUUCCUCCUUUGCGCCCACGGCUGUCAUUUUUUAUCUCUCUUCGCCCUGGAGCCUCGCCUCAUCCUCGACCCGGCUCCUGGUUGCUCUGUCGCCCAUCUCCGACCGUACCGACGCUGUUCAAUCUUGCCAGUCUUGUUCAGCACUGCGAUUCGACGGUAGCUGCGACUAAAUUAUCGUCGUGAAGACGACUCGAUUACACAUUUUAUUGUAGUAAUCCCUAGGCAUUACACCAGCGUUGCCUUACCCCCCGGUCCAAUCCUCGCUCCAUGCUGUCAGCUUUGCUGCUCUGCGUGACAUCGAUUUGAUAUCUUCGACCAUACAAUAAGGAAGUCUAUUGGUUUCCUAAUCAGGCUUCUCUGAUAUAUACACAAUAUGGUCUCUUGUAAGAGAUGGGGCCUGAUGGCCGCCGUGGCACUUCAAGCCUGGGCCCAAACGUCGGUUCCUGGUGCGAGCGCGCCUGCUCCUCCAGCCUCUAUUAGUCCCUCGGGAUCUGCUCCUGCUCCGGCAUCAUCAGCGCCAGCAUCGACAACUGUACCGCCGUCGAGUUCCGUCCCUGCUGUUGUACCAUCUAACGUCUCAACCGCGCCAUCGACAACACCAACCGAUCCUAGCAGCAAUCCUGGCAGUGGUAACUCGCCGCUACUUUUCUUCGUCGCUCUGGGUUUCGGCGUCGUCUUUACCAAUCUUUGGAUUAUUGUCGGUGUAAAGUACUGCUUCCGAUAUAAUGCUCGUAACCGAGCCCGUCUUGCUGGCGAAGACGGCGAGCCUUUACCUCUCGAGAAUAUGCCUAGACCACGAAGACGACGUGAGAAGAAGCUGAUGAGCAUGGACGAAGUGAACGAAAAGUUCCCCAUGAUGAAGUACAAAACCUGGGUUCUUGAACGCGCCCGUGAAGGCCUUCCCACAUCUGGUGGUGUCUCUGUUCCCAACAGUCGCGCUAACAGUUUGCACAAUGAGGAAGGCAUUGUUGAUCUUGUUGCCGCGAAAGAAACAGCUGAAGCAAAUACCACUACGACUGUAGCCCAGGCUGCGGCCAAGGCGGAUGAGAAGAAGACUGAUGCUACUGACGAGGUUGGCCAGACAUCUGCUUCUCAAGAAUCUAAGGUACACGAAAAUCGAUUUGAUGCCGCCCAUGACGAUGAAGACGAUGAACAUAUUGAUGCAGCCCUCCCACCUGAGAUGCUCGCAACCCCUGGAGAUACCUGCGCCAUCUGCAUCGAUACUCUGGAAGACGACGAUGAUGUCCGCGGCCUUACUUGUGGACAUGCAUUCCACGCUGGCUGUGUCGACCCGUGGUUGACUAGUCGACGAGCCUGCUGCCCUCUUUGCAAGGCUGACUACUACACCCCAAAGCCUCGUCCUGCUGCCGAGACUGUUCCUACCGCGGGCAUGGAGCCUCGAUAUGCUUCGCGGAUGACUCUCGCAAACAGCCCUUGGUUCCGCUCCAAUAGCAGCCGACACCAACUCUCAAAUCCUCUGGCUCGCCAGUCGCGCCGUAGACAGGCUACAGGCGAGACGGCAGAUGAUACUACCGUGGCAGCGCCCGAACCGACUCACCAACGGGGCGGAAUGCUCUCUGGUAUUCGUGGAGUAUUUAGAAGAAAUAGAGCGGCUGAGUCUCAGCAAGAUUCCACAGCUGCUCCUGCUACAGAACAGGUAACGCCUUCACAGCUAGAGGCUGGAACACGCGCUACCGCCACCAAUGCUUAGUUGUAUUUGGAGGAAAUACAAGUUAUCAUAAAUGGUUUGGAACGGCAUAUGGGAUUACUGUUUAUUUAUUUAUUUUGGGAGCGAUGGAGUUUGGACUAUAUUUUUGACAACUGUUACACUAUCCUGCUUGUUCUAUCCUCAACUAUUGCGUAGCUUUGGAGCCUUAUAAAACUACCUGGUUUUGAUGAACCCAUAUUACUGAUAUAACCGCCCAUGUGCUAUAAAUGUACAGACACUUCUUACAAGUACGAGCCUUUCUGGAAUCUACCUCCAAAAUUGGCAGACUUGUUAAUGAGCUCUUGACGCUGGGAUGAGCCAAUCUUGGAACCCAACGCCAUGUCUUUUUCCCUAUCAAAUGCGCGUUUGCUUGGAUCAUCUUCUUCGUCGGUGGCUUUCCCACUGGCCUUGUUUUUAUCUUGAUGUUCUUGAUACAGACUCUGGCCCCGUUGUGAUUCAAUGCUUUUUGCAAUUCGUCGAUUUCUCACUUCUUCGUCUUUACUCUUUUUGGACACGGUCGACCCGCUGGCCUGCUCGCUGGAUCGGCCAAGCACAGAGUCUUGAAGUCUCUUGAGCUUUUCUUCUGGUGUUUCUGUCCAGAUAGCGCUCACACCACCUUCUGAGGGACCGGGCUUCGAUGUGAACUUUCUAGCACGCAUCUUGGUGGUAUCUCGCUCCGAGUAGCCGGACGAAGUGGGUGGUUCCAGCAUCCAUGUAUCGCGGGUUGGCGCUGUCGAGUCGUUGGCUGCCGAUGGGAGAGUAGGGCCAAUUGGUCCUCUGCGUGGCCCGGCGCCGGGAAGCGCAGGUCCGUAAUCGUCAUCAGAGUCAGAAGAGGAGGCUGGGUCUUCAGCAGUCGGUUCAACGGCUGCGACUUGUGGUGCAGGACCAGUAUCUGAGUCCGAAUCGUCUAGAUCUAUUUCGUCUUUAUUUGAUUGGGGUGGUAAGGUUGGGCCCGAAACUGGCUGGCUGGGUCCUACUGUCGCUGUGCCUAUCGGUGCGCUAGGGCCAAAACCAUCGUCUGAAGAAUCGUCGUCAAGAUCGAUCUCGUCCUUGUUCGUGGUGGAUGGAGGCAAUGUCGGUCCGUGGUGUCGCGCCUGCUUGUUCGGCGAUGCUACGGGUGCUGCUUCUGAGGUGUAUUCUUCUAUAUCAGGUGUGUGUUUGCGCUUUGUGGCCUGCGACGGCAUCUGUGGCCCUAUUGAGGACAUGGCGGGCUGAAUGGCUGUGGUGUGUGUGUUGAGCUUUGCAGAGUGAAGUUGCGAAAAGCGGCAUGCGACAAUGUGCAGGGGAAAGCGGGUGGAUCGGCCGCUAACGUCACUUGUCAGUAGUGGGCGGUGCGGCAUGUUGUGGUGUAACGACGAUGCGUUGGAGUUAAAAACUUUUGUAGUAUAAAAUUUUGAAUUAAUUUUUAUAGUUAAAUGAGUAUUUGUACCAUUACUAGCGG